AUGGCGCACCCUGAAAUUCCUGCAUUUGGGGAUUGGGAAACUACAGGAAACACCCCUUACACACAAAAGUUCGAGGAUGCAAGGAAGAACAAGAAAACAGGAAUUCCUACACAGCCAAAUGAUCCAAGGAGGAACCCGGAACAUCCUCGCAAGUCGCCUUUGCAUCCAACGGCCUACAAAACCAAUCCUCAAGACCAGGGUCCAAGGAACCCACCACAUCGACCGAGACCUGAAACUGACGACCAACGACACUCCGACCGGCCUACUCACCGUGAGCCUGCACCACGAAGACAUGCAAAUCCUCAGAGAGAACAAGGGAGUAAUGCUGGGGCACCAAGAAGCCCCUACAGAACAGCUGUUGGGUCUGCUUCACCAAUGCAGCCAAACAACCAAUCAAAGCCGAAGCACAAGUUGACUGGAAUGCAGACUCCAGAGAGGAGGCCAUCUUCAGAGGGGCAUGGCCAGCAUACGCCUGGAAGGAGCAGGAUGAAGCCGGGUGGCUGUGAGCCUGAAGAAGAAGUGGCUGUACCACCCUUUGGUGAAUGGGAUGAUGCAAAUGCAGCAUCAGGUGAAAAGUACACUGGUAUCUUCAACCGAGUAAGGGACGAUAGGUUGUCACCUACCUCUUCUGCUAGGCAACCAUCUACCACCCGUAGCGAGGAGAAUAAGGUGCAACAGUUAUGCAGAAAUAGUAUCAUCAUCUCCAUGAUGUUGAUGCUAACUUAA